GACGCUGUGGGGGCAAAGGGGCAAAUCAAACGGCUGUCCGCAGCUGUAUCGUGCGGCGGACGCCUAUCAUCGCCCUUAAGUCACGUGCCGCUUCAUCUCUUCUCCUCCUCAGCCCGAGCGACGCACCUCUCGUUCCCCUGAACGCUUCUCCGCCGCCCCUCUUCUCCAUCUGCUCAGCCCUAUAGGCCCCAACUCUGCGUCCCAUCCGGCUCUCCGGUCGCCCGUCUUCUCCAUAUUCUCAGCCCCAGCCGCCCCUACGCCCCAGCCCGACUUCCCCACCCGGCGCGCAUCCGCGCCGCCUCCCCAUUAUCGCAGUUUGGUUCAGCUUGCUUCUGGGCAUAUGGUGUGAUUUGUGAAUUCUUGCCCGAAAGAUGAUUUUGAUAGUCCAAGAACCAAGAUUUAGUGUGAUUUCACAGGGUGUGUUCUGAAUUUUUCUGACACUAUAACCUUGGAUGGAUCAUGGAGGGAGCUUUGUACUAGAGUAAAAUGUCCAAUAUACACCCGAAGUGCAUACCAAUAAGCGUGAGCGCAUGGUCGGAUUGCGCCGUGCCUAUGAGCUAUGACGUGCCGCUUCUCGGGGCGCAAGAGGUCACGCAGCCGGGGAAGGCGCCGCAAGACGACGGCAAUGCCAGCUUCGUGCGAACUUGCCUCAACGGCACCAACGGCUUGGCAGGUGUUGGGCUGUUGUCGAUGCCGUACGCGCUCGCGGAGGGGGGAUGGCUGAGCCUGGCACUGCUCGCCGCCGUGGCCGCCACCUGCUGGUAUACGGGCCUCCUCCUCGGGCGUUGCAUGGCCGCUGACCAGGCAAUCCGGACGUACCCGGACAUCGGUGAGCGCGCCUUCGGCCGCCGGGGACGCCUGGUCGUGUCCGCCUUCAUGUACGCCGAGCUCUACCUCGUCGCCAUUGGCUUCCUCAUCCUCGACGGCGACAACCUCGACAAGCUUUUCCCCGGCGCCAGCGUUCGCAUGGGGCCCGUGUCGCUUGCGGGGAAACAGCUGUUCGUCGUGCUGGUGGCGCUCAUGGUCGCGCCCACGACGUGGCUGCGCAGUCUGGGCGUGCUCGCCUACGUCUCCGCAGCAGGCGUGUUCGCGUCCGUCGCCAUCGUCCUCAGCGUGCUCUGGGCCGCGGCCGUCGACGGCGUCGGGUUCUCUGGGCGAGGCACUACUACGCCAUUGCGGCUCGCCGGCCUCCCCACCGCUCUCGGCCUCUACACCUUCUGCUACUGCACCCACGCGGUGUUCCCGACGCUGUACACAUCCAUGAAGCAAAAAUCUCAGUUCCCAAAGAUGCUAGCGAUAUGCUUCGUGCUGUGCACGCUCAACUACGGCUCAAUGGCCGUGCUGGGGUACCUCAUGUACGGCGACAGCGUGCAGUCCCAGGUGACGCUCAACCUACCGGCGGCGAGGCUCAGCUCCAAGAUCGCCAUAUACACGACGGUGGUAAUGCCUUUCUCAAAGUAUGCGCUGGUGGUCACGCCGAUCGCGGUGGCCAUCGAGGAGAGGUUUCGUGGCGUGGUAGGCGAGGGAGCCGUGGCCUCCGUGGCGGUGAGGACGCUGCUGGUGCUGAGCACGGUGGUAGUCGCGAUCGCGUUGCCCUUCUUCGGGUACCUCAUGGCGCUGGUGGGUUCCCUGCUCAGCGUGUGCGCGUGCAUGCUGCUGCCGUGCCUCUGCUAUGUCAGGAUCUUCGGAGCCACAUCUCUUACGGCUUCGGAGACUGCGGCGAUCAUCGGAAUACUGAUGUUGGGCUUGCUGGUGGCUAUAACAGGGACGUACUCUUCUCUUGUGCAAAUUAUCCACGAGUUGCAACUGGGAGUGUAAAAUGUCCAAUUCUUUUCUUUAGCUUAUCUUUUAGAUGAACUGGUUAAAUGAUAUAUGCAAUUUAAUAGUAUCAGCGAG